UGAUGUUCGGCAACGGUCGCUCUCGCGGUUCCAACAGCGCUAAUCUGACAACCAAGUGGAUCCAGCGCUACAUGUACUCCACGCAUAGAAAUGCCCGCCGUGACGUUAUAGCUUGUUUUGUUUUUUUAAUUCAGGUCAACCUCGCGCUCAGCACAGUACAGACGCUCGUGAGCGGGCUCUGGUCCCAAUGUUUACCUCUCCAGCGUGUCUCUGGCAGACAGGAAAAAAGUAACGCUUUGGUUUAUGGAAGAUAUUAUGUGAGAAUUGGAAGGCCGCUAUGUCUGUACGGCUAAUGCACUAGCUAACAGUAGCUAAGCACAGCUUCCUCUCUUGUUGUCGACAAUUGUAGACCGUCUCGCGCUCCACGAUGGCGAUGUUUCGGAGCUUGGUCUCGGCGAGCGCCCAGCUCCGCCAGCAGCAGCCGACCGGCGGCUCGGGCUCGCUGGCGGCCCCGGCGGAGGGCGUCGAGAGCCAGUUCUCCUGUCCCAUCUGCCUGGAGGUCUACCACAAACCCGUCAGCAUCGCCAGCUGUGCUCACACGUUCUGUGGGGAGUGUCUUCAGCCAUGUCUUCAGGUGACCUCGCCCCUCUGCCCUCUCUGUCGUGUGCCCUUUGACCCCAAGAAAGUGGAGCGCUCCUCCAGUGUGGAGAAGCAGCUGGCCUCAUACAAAGCCCCCUGCAGGGGCUGCAACAAGAAGGUGGCUCUGGUAAAGAUGAGGUCUCACAUUGCUUCCUGUUCUAAAGUACAGGAGCAGAUAGCCAACUGUCCCAAGUUUGUCCCUGUGGUCCCCACCUCCCAACCUAUACCAAGCAAUAUUCCAAACCGGUCAACAUUUGCGUGUCCGUUCUGUGGGGCCAGGAACUUGGACCAGCAGGAGCUGGUGAAGCACUGUAUGGACAGCCACCGUAAUGACCCUAAUAAAGUGGUGUGUCCGGUGUGUUCAGCCAUGCCGUGGGGUGACCCCAGCUAUAAGAGCUCCAACUUCCUCCAGCAUCUCCUCCACAGACACAAGUUCUCUUAUGACACCUUUGUUGACUACAGCAUUGAUGAAGAAGCAGCGCUGCAGGCAGCUCUGACACUGUCACUGGCUGAAAACUGACACCAACCACACCACGACCACCCUCUCACCGCGGGAACCCGCUCGACCAUGACUGCUGCCGCUCUCGUCCCUCUGCACUGCUGAGUUCCUCACGUCCCCGAAGAUAUCAUCCAGCCGACAGACACAGCUGACCCCGCCAGGUUCACACAGUCUACAGAAAGCCACAUCGCAAAGGAGUCCAGCCGUGUUUGGAUUUGAUGAUGAGCUUACUUCCUUUUUUAGUUUUUUCUUGGAUAGCGGGACAGCCAUUUUGCUAUGCUACAGACCAAAAGCAGUUGGUGUCUUCACUGCUUCAUUUGAUUCAAGGAUUUGAAGAUAAAACACUCUGUGGGCUUGGAAUGGAUCCAGUGGGCAGGUUUGUAGUUGAGACCACCAAAACCGAGACCAAGUCAUCACCAAGACCAGAGUGUAAGACCGAGUCAAGGUUGGACGAGACCGAGUCAAGACCAAGACUUGUGCCAGAGCUUCUUCUCCUGGCUCCCACAUUCAUUUUCUUGGGAGGGCUUGUAAAGGGGGCAGGGAGAGGGGGAGUUUACGACAGCCAAUUUCAAAUUAGAUAUAAGUCAAGUUAUUGGUUGUAUUUGCAAGUUUAACACAGGCAUAAAUCAGACAAUGCACAGGCAACUUAGCGAAAUCCCAGCAGCUGACUGGUCUUGAGACCAAGACUGAUAUGGAGUACUUACAUAAACUACGUAAAAAUUCCAAUCUACAGCUUGGAAACAGUCCACCCACUCCCGGCUUCAGAUCAUCUGGACCACCACAGCACGAAGGGCUACCUCCGUCAAACAACUGUCUUGUGUGUGAGUGUGAAACAUCCUGAAGCCCGCUGACUCUUAAAACCCUCAUCAGUGGCCACCAGUCACCUGCUAGCAGUUCCUUAUUGCUGGUACUCACUGUGAAUAACGUAUUCUACAGAUUGGUCUGCAGUGAGCGAGUUUGAACAGGCACUUUUUUUUUUGAUGAGUUAACAUACAGUAGCUUGCACACAAGGGCUAAUUAGGAAGUAUUUUGCAAUGAAUAAAAUACAAUGAAUAAAUAGCUCCUCUAGUCAUCUCCACAAAGGAAUGCAACUGCUUUAGAGUUGGUGUGUUGUAUUUUAUGCACUUAACAGACAAAACAAAAUCAUAGAAACGUGGGUUUCUUGAUCAUCAACAGCAGAGUUCAUCUUGUUGUUCAAGACUGAAGUAGUUCAAGACUGAGCUGCUCAAAGUGUGGUUGCAUGCUAACACCUGCAAGGGUACUGUCCAUGGCAUCUUCUAAUGGUCAGUAGGUCAGAGCAGUGGUUCUCAACCUGGGGUUCGGGACCCCCAAGAGGGUCGCAAGAACAUUUCUGGGGCUCAACAGAUAGUUGAAAAAUAAAAAUACAGGGGAAUGUUUUUUACAUUUCUGUGUGAGUUUGGUACCUUGAACACAGAAAAGAGGUCUGAAGGUGGGUAGGGGUAUAGAAGAAGAACACCAACUUCAUUAUGUUGAGUGGUAAAAGGUUGAGAACCACUGGGUUAGAGGACGAUGCCAGACCAUCAUGCAUGGAGAGGCUAAAAUUCCAUGGAAGUCUUAAUGCAUCAGGCUCCUCCCAUUAUCUGGCCUUCUAGUUUCACUGUGGUACCCUGGAUCUUUGUGCUGCUGCACACUGCCACGCUGGGUCCCUCAAACUUCAUGUGGCUGUUAUGAAUAUUUUCCCUGACAACACAACACAACACAGAAGCACAGACUGACAGUUGUCCUAUUAAUACAAUGUUUUGUAGCAACAACAGAUUGUAUGUCACUAGGGAUGUAGCGAUGCACCGUGAAUCGGUUAAAAAAAAAACAUAGAUCCAUAUGAACAGGAAUUUAUUAUUCAGGGCUUUGAAUUCUUAUAAGUUAGGGAUUUUAUAUUUACAUGUAUUGUUAUUUUGUAUGCACACACAAAUGGAACUUGUUAAAUAAACCACUCAAGAAGCGAAAUACACAUUUCUAAGAUGAUGGGCUGGAAUAACUCCUCAGAUUUCUGUCAGCUGGAGGUAUGAGUUUGUCUGGCGGCUGGUGGAUCUCAGUGAUGAACUUAAACUGCGUUGAGGUUUACGAUAUCGGUAGCUCAGAUGGCUGGCAGAGGGACAACCCAACUAGCUCGCUAUUUGAAAUGAGCGCAACCUUCUCAGUCCCAUUACUGCCAGCUUCGCACAUUCUGCUGCACCACACCACUGUGAAACUAAAGGCCGUCUGUCUCCCUCCCUCUCCAGAAUAACCUUUAUUUUAUGUUUGCGACUUCAUUAAAAAAAUAACCAUCGGAAAAAAUAACAUUACAAAAAAGCAUCAGCAUAAGUUUACAUGCCCAGGCUUAAAUUGACUAAAAAGAGGAAUAAAAAAAAAUCAUCUUUUGUAACUAGGUCUUAAAUAGAUGUGCACGGGACACUUUCCAUGAAUUCAUCUCUCAAUGCAAAUCAAAACAGCUAUUAGUCUAACUGAAAUAAAACCAUGCCAAUGUGUGGUAAAGGGUAUGUGAUGAUAGGGGGGGGGGGACUUUAUCAGGAUGCA